AUGCCCGCCUUCCCACAGCCGUUCACCUCUACUGUUUCGCACUGGCAAGCAACAAACCGCGGCCCCACCUCGCUGUGGAAUCAUGGCCGUGAUGCUCCUCUGCCCACCAAGGCCGACAUUGUCAUCGUCGGCGCGGGUGUGACGGGCUCCUCGCUGGCAUACCACCUCACCCGACCCGGAGACGUGGGCGAGGGGAAGCGGAUUAUCGUUCUGGAGGCCAAGGAUGUGGCAUCUGGUGCUUCGGGACGUAACGGUGGUCACGUCGGCCCCCGCGCUUGGGAUGGCUUUGGUUCUCUGACCCGCUCGCGAGCCGAGGGUGGUGCUGGCCUCACGAACGACGAUGCCCUCGAUAUCAUGUACUUUGAGGCGGACAACCUUGACUAUGUGGAGAGCCUGGUGAAGAAGGAGAAGCUCAAUGUGGACUUUUGGCGCGGGAACCGCUGUGAUGUACUCACAACUGAGGCGAGCGUCCAGGCAAACUUGGCCAACAUUGAGACAUACAAGAAGACGGCCGCAGCUAGCACCAAACACAAUGGUCGCCAGACCGAAUGGGAGCUCAUCUCAGAUCCUAGGGAGGCACGGAAGGUUUCACGUAUCAAGAGCGCCCUUGCGAUCAACCGAGGUCCCUCUGGUAGCUGGCACCCUCACCGCGGGACAACAGCCCUGCUCCGUCUUGCCAUCGAGUCCAAGACGUCUACUUGCGAGUUCUUCUCUUGGACUCCCGUAAACAGUGUCACACCAUCGCCUUCAGGAUGGUCCGUGGACUGCGGCGGGCGUGGUACAAUUGUUGCUGGCCAAGUCGUCCUUGCCACAAACGCCUGGACGAGCCACCUGUUCCCCAACGUCCCCGACCUUGCCAACCAUGUGAUCCCGUACCGUGGCCAAGCGGCGCUCAUCACCCCACCCACUACCUACGCUGGAACCGGCGCGCUGGAGGCGACCAUGGGGAUUGAGCGUGGCCCUUACCUCAUCCAGACGCCCCACUCUGGCCUCGUCAUUGGUCCGUACAACGCGACGGUGUUGAGCGAGUUUGGUACACCAAAGGACCUGUUCUACAUCGAGGAUGACUCGGUGGUGACUCCCAAGUUCCACGACUGGCUUUCCACCUACUGCAAGGACAACUUCGAAGGUUGGGGCAAGGAGGUCAAGGGAGAGGGUAACAACCACGACUGGUCGGGUAUCAUGGCCCACUCCAUUGACUGGGUGCCGCUCGUCGGUCCUGUGCCCGACAUGCCCGGUCUGUGGGUGUCUGCUGGGUACAAUGGCCAUGGCAUGGCCAAGAUUAUCACGAUUACCCGCUCCAUUGCACAGCACAUGAAGACUGGAAAGUGGGACCCGCGCAUGCCCCAAUGCUUUGCCAUCACAAAGGAGCGCUUGAGGGCCGCCAAACAGUGCAAGCCCGUCAUCCCCCUGCAGAGCCGGCUUUGA